AUGCCAAAAACAUACAAGCAACGGAAAAGAGAACCUUACAGCUAUGAGAGUAUGCAGAAUGCAGUGUCCUCUGUAAUGAAAGGCACUUACUCAAUUAGAAAGGCUGCAGAAAUGUUUAAUGUAAAUAAAUCAACCCUCCAUGACACGAUUAAAAAAAAGUAUAAGAACCCUGGUCAACCUGGUAGAAAAACAGCGAUCCCACCAGAAGUUGAACAUAAGAUAGCAAAUGCUUUGAAGGAAGCAUCUAAACAGGGCAUGGGCAUUUCAAGGCGGCAAUUACUGCGCCGGGUAGGCAGUUUAUGCAAAAAAAUGAAAAUCGAGGUUGAUCAAUUUAAGCAACAGACCCCCGGAAAGGACUGGUUUGUUGGUUUUAUGAAGCGACAUCUAACACUGUCAAUUCGCAAACCAGAGAAGUUAGCGACAACAAGAGCAAGGAUGACAAAUCCGGCGAUAGUCUCAAAAUAUUUCGAUGAUCUUGGGCAAAUUCUGAAAAAUCUUGGCUUGUUAUCAAAACCUGCGUGCAUAUGGAAUUGCGAUGAAACUGGAAAAAGUUUUGAGCACACACCAGUAAAAGUCAUUGCGGAAAGGGGAUCUAAGGCUGUGGUAGGGAGGACAUCGUCAUGCAGGACAAAUAUAACGGUCAUGGCAUGUGUGAAUGCUGCUGGGGGUAAGAUGUCUCCAUUGUUUAUUGUCAAAGGCAAGACAUCCAGAUCCUUGCAUGGAUUUAACACCCUUGCUGCCCCACAAGGAACACGCUGGCACUACCAAGCUAAUGGCUGGAUGAACGACGACAUUGGCGAAAAAUGGUUUGAGGACGUGUUCCUUAUGGAGUGUGGCACAGAAAGGCCCCAGCUCCUGAUUUUGGAUGGCCACUCCUCCCACGAGAGUCUUUCCAUCAUUGAGUUGGCCAUCCAGAAUGAUAUCCACAUUCUGAGCCUCCCUCCUCAUACUACACAUGCUCUUCAACCUCUUGAUCGCUGUGUAUUUGGUCCACUUAACAGCGCUUACAACACUGAAUGCUCAAACUUCCUUAACCAGAACCCCACUUAA